UAUAAAAUGAUUGAGUUCCAUUCACUGAAGGCACAGUCAAUCGACAACAGUUCAGCAGACAAAGCGUAAGCUUAGCAAUUGGAUAACCCCUCAACUCAAGCAAGGAAUCUCUCAGAAUGAAGUUCUUCGUGUGCAUCUUGGCUGUGCUGGCUGUGGCCCAGGCUGCCCCAGGUCUCCUGCCCCAUGUGGAUAGCCAUCAUGGUUACCACCAUGAGGAACUGCCUCAUCUGCUGGACGCUGAGAUCCAUCAUUCGGAUGGCAUCCAUCUGGGACACAGUGCCGCUUUGGUGCACGAUGAUCACCAUCUUAACCACCAUCUGGAUCAUCAUUUGGAUCACCACCUGGUGGAGUCGCUGCCAACCACAGUGUACCACCAUGAGCCGCUCCACUACCACUACGCUCGCCUGCACUCCGCUCCGGUGGUGCACCACCAUCACCAUGACACCCAUGCCGCCGUGGUGCAUCACAGUAUCCCGGCUCACUUCGAUGUCCACAGCCACUCGAACCUGCUGUCCUUCGCCAAGCACGCCCUGCACGGAAAGUACGGAAAGGUCAGGAUUACCGAGACCCAUUAUUGAGAGAGAUUCCAAAAACAUCCAUUGUCCAUAAAACCUCUGACUAGCCAAACGCUUCCUCAUGACUCAUAAUUUAUUAGGUCAAUAGUUAAGCUAACGAAAAAUAACUCGAUUAAACGGGUGACAAGUUGAACAGAUAAGCUCAGGAUUUUUGUAAAAAUAAAU